GACGUAGAUCAUGGGAAACCGGAGCAACAGUGGCCGUCCGAUCGGCAGCGCGUCAUAAUGGGCCUAGCGCGGGAGACGGGGGAGGUCACCGUCGAAGCCCAUCACGCGUUCGUCGGAAAUUAUUAUUUCGUCUUCGGUUUGGGUGCCGAGAGAGAAGAACGCAAGCGGGACGUCGGACGUCGAGACGCGAUCCAAGGUUUGGGAGACCGGAGGGGGGAUUCUGUUUCGAUGGGGGUGGUGAUCGAGAGGGAGGUAUGGGAGCCGAAGCCGAUCUCGUAUGUGUUCCUCUUCGCGUCGUGCUUCGUGUCCAUCUCCCUUCGCCCCUUCCGCUCGAGGAGCGGCGGCGGCGCCUCUACGGCGCCGUUCCUGCGGUUCCAGAGGAAGUUCUUGCUCCUCUACUCCCUCGCCUCAGUAAUGGAAGGGCUUGAGUCGGUGUUUGGGGAGUAUGAGUAUGCACAUUAUGGAAUUAAGGGGGAGCAGAUGGCGAUGUGUCUCGCGGCUGGAGCUGCUGCUGCUCUCUUUGUGGGUCCUUUCUUAGGCAUUCUUUCUGAUGUCAAAGGCCCAAGAAAGGCUUGUCUGCUAUUCUGCAUCCUUCAUCUUCUUCUGGGUGUCUUGAAAAGCAUAAGCAGGCAUCCAAGUGUAUGGGUAGCAAGUGUAUGCCUGUCACUCGCCUCAUCUGUUUUCUCCUUCUGCUUUGAGACAUGGAUGGUAACUGAACACGAGAAGCAAGGUCACAGGCAGGAUUGUCUAAGUGACACCUUUUGGCUAAUGACCUUUUUUGAAUCUGCAUCUCUUGUUGGAAGUCAAGGGCUUGCAAAUUUAUUAUUCAAGGAUUUUGACAAAGGAUUCUUUUCCCCCUCAGCUCCAGCUGCACUGUUGGCAAUUAUAAGCAUUCUCUAUAUCAGGAAAGAGUGGAAUGGAUGUCAGCAACAAUCAGUUAUUGGGAGUUACAGAAAAUCGUUUUAUGCACAUGUUCUUAAUGACAGGAGGAUAUGGCUGCUUUUAUGGUCUCAAUCAAGCAUCCAUUUUUCCAUGGCAGUCUUUUGGAUUCUUUGGGCACCAACCAUAGUGGCAGAUGGGAGGGAGGUUCAUUUAUCUCGAUUGUACCCAUGUUUCAUUGGCUCAAGAAUGCUUGGUAGCACUGCUUUUCCGUGGUUCUUUGGUGGGAUAUCAUGGCUCCACAAUGAAGAAUACCUCACAGCUGCAUAUGUUGUCGCUGGUUUAUUUUUGUUAAUUGUAUCUUAUGAUUAUCAGGAGAUUGGUGUUCUGGUAAUGCUGUUCUGUGUCUACCAUGCUUGUGUUGGCUUCAUUUUACCUUCACUUGCAAGAUUGAGGACAAUGUACGUCCCAAAUGAACUGCGAGGGGCCAUGAUAAGCUUCUCCUUGGCACCAGCAAGUGCAGCAGUUCUCUUAGCUCUGAUACAAGGCGGUUAUCGUCAGAACCUUGCAAAUGCCAUGAUUAUGGCGCUUGCAGCGCUUGGGCUGUUAGCUGCUGCUGGUUGCAUUCAUUUACUGACAUUGUGGAGAAAACAACCACGCCCCAAUUGGCAUAAACCUUAAGCACAUGAUUGGAUUUGACCCGGGAAAGGGUGGAUGGGCUGCAUGCAGAUUGUCCCCCCUGCUAGCAUCACGCUGUUUGGAGUCCAAGGUACUCUCAGUUCAGUGGUUUUUGCAGCAUCAUCCUGUCAUGGGGCAGGUUAUAGGCUUCAAUAUUGCUAAGAUUGCGAGAUUUAACUGCUUCUAAACUUUACUGAUACUGACACUAACUAGCACAGACAAAGGCGUCCAAAAGAGUGAUGAUUAUGUGGCCGUAAAAGAUGAUGGAAACCUAUAUGAAAGAGUACCCACGAGAUGAUAUAUAAACGGCAGAGUUGGUGGAGCUCUGGCGUUACACAUAACAUACACCUAUCCUUGUUUCACAGGGGCAGAUCAAGUUUAUGUCUGCGCAUAGUUCUGUAUGGAAUGACAACACAAUGUUUUCGUGACAAUUAUAACAAGGUUUGAAAUUCUUUACCAUGAAGACAAAAAAUAACUUAGUGCUUGCUACUACUUUCCCAGAUGCUUCAAAUAUUCAGCUGAUAGCGAAACAUGCAGUUUUGUAAGUAUUACAAGCCAAAUUACUAUCCAAUUGCCCCCAUUUGUUUUCUAUAACCUGCAUGAGAGAGACCUGAAGCAGCACACUUUGUUAUUGAAGUGGUUGCUUUGGUAGAAAGAAUGCAUCAGUUACUAGAAA